UAUGUUGGACUGGCUCUAUGUUUGGAUGGGGGGCGGGUCAGGUAUUUUGAAAAUGACGAGAACUUGGGCGCUCGAGAAGUCACUGUAUUGUCUUACAGACCAUGUGGAAGAAAGGACUAGAGCUCUCAUGUAGCCUUUAACAGAAGAUUCCGUAACCCUGGACAACAAGCCUUUGGAUUGUUGAUUAGACAGUAUUUUUAAAGUAGAACAACUCGUUUUAUUUAGUGAUUUUUUUUUGCAUCUCAGCGCUGAGCGUCUUUUUCAAUCUGGGCUUUUAAACGUAUCGUAGGAACACGUCGCUAAUACUGCCACGGCAUUUCAAAUAUAAGAUAAUUUGGUAAAAGGAACUUAUAUUACUUACAUUUUAUUCUACUUUUGGCCCUUGAGAUUGUCUUUUGAGUGAAUUUAGGUUAGGCUACUAAAAUUGUCGCUAUGGAGCGGCGUAAUAGGACGCAGGAGUAUCCCCACCCGUUUGUUCAUGAGGUUAAACUUACCACCGCACAGAGGAUCCGGGGGGUCGUGUUGGGCACAGUGCUGUUCCCCAUCCGUGUGACACUGGCCACCCUCUGCUUCCUCCUCAUGUGGCCUGUCGCGAGGCUGCGUCUGGCGGGCCUGUGCAGUGAAGAUCGCCAGAAGCCUGUUCGAGGCUGGCGCCGCUGGCUCGUCCACGAAAUCGUCAGGCUGCUGAGCCGUGGCGUCUUCUUCGCCGUGGGCUUCUUGUGGGUGAAGGUCAAAGGUCGGCGGGCCGGGGUGGCCGAGGCACCCGUGCUGGCAGUGGCACCACACAGCGGUUUCCUGGACAUGCUGGUGCUCUGCCUCACAGACCUUGCCACCGUGGUGUCCCGCUCGGAGAACAGCAGCCUGCCCGUGAUUGGAGCUCUGCUGGAGUUUAACCAGGCUGUACUGGUCAACCGCAAGGACCCGGAGUCAAGGAAGAAGUGUGUCAGCCAAAUAACCGAGAGGCUGACAUCCAAAGGCUACUGGCCUCAGAUGCUCAUGUUUCCAGAGGGGACCACCACGAAUGGCCGAGCGCUCAUCAAGUUCAAGCCUGGAGCAUUCUUAGCGGGAGUGCCUGUUCAGCCUGUGCUUCUGCAUUACCCAAACAAGUUGGACACAAUGCGUUGGACUUGGAAGGGAACCUCAUGGCUUCAGUCCUUGUGGCACACCACAUCUCAGUUCUAUACCAACAUGACCAUUGAGUUCCUGCCUGUCUACACUCCGUCACAGGAAGAGAAGGAGGAUCCCAACUUGUAUGCUGACAACGUGCAAAAGCUCAUGGCCAAGGCUCUGGGUGUGCCUGCCACUGAUUAUGUGAUGGAGGGCCGUUUUCCUGUGAAGCAUGUGGGUGGGCUCUCACUGCCUCUCGAAUCACCUGCCAGGGAGACCCUGAAGCUGCUGCACCAUGCUGGCCUCAGCACAUCUCAAGUGCAAACCGCGUUGAGCAGAAUGACUGACUGCUGUCAGUCAGGUCAGGAGAAGACUGUCUCUAUUGACCAGCUGCAGCAGUGGCUGGAGCUCUCUGAGAGAGAAACGGCAGCAAAAAUAUGCUCUCUUUUCUCCAAGAAGGAUGACUCUGUGGACCUCAGACUGAUCUGUUUGAGUAUCUCGACUGUCUCUGGUCUCUGUAGCCUUGAGGAUCUCCUGGACAAGGCCUUCAAGCUGUAUGACUGUGAUGGUGAUGGUGUCCUGACUGCAGAGGAGCUGGCAGGCCUGAUGGGGGCGCUGGUGGGUGCCCCUCAGUUCAACACUGCAAAUAUCUACUCUGAGCUGACCAGCAGGGGGCCUGCUAACAAAGAAGAGCUCCUGAAUCUACUGACUACAGAUACGACCUAUCAGGAGCUGGUUACUGUGUAUAUACGACCUGAGGGGGCGGAGCAUGAAGCAUCAUCACACCACAUGGCCAAUGGGAAGGAUGGCAAUCACAAUGGGACCAUGCAGAACGGCAACACGGUGGCCAAUAAGAAUGCAGAUUGAGAGUUCUAGGUGGCCAAUAAGAAUGCAGAUUGAGAGUUCUAGGUGGCCAAUAAGAAUGCAGAUUGAGAGUUCUAGGUGGCCAAUAAGAAUGCAGAUUGAGAGUUCUACCUGGUAUCUCCCACAGUUUUCAGAACCGUCUCAAGUGGACAUGACGGAUAGACACUUUAAAUUGUUUAAUAUGUUCUACAAGUAGUUUCAUCGUGGUGUGUGUGAGAAACUAAAUUUAUGUGUGUGUGUGUGUGUUUGAGAUUUUUUUUUUUAGGGGGGGG